GGUAUGUUGUUGUGCCACGGUCUAGAGAUAAUCUUGGCUGGAGUUGCUUUCAAAAGCCUCUUCUUCAAUGCCUAUCACUCCACGGACUUCGAAGUUCACCGUAACUGGCUUGCAGUCACCUACAGCACUAACCUAUCGGAGUGGUAUACCGAGGCAACCAGCAAGUGGACCUUGGACUACCCCCCUUUUUUUGCCUACUUUGAAUGGAUUUUGGCUCACAUCGGACGCCACGUUGACCCUCUGAUGGUGGUGCUGUCUGUCGAACCCUAUGCGUCACCGGGAACGAUUUACUUUCAGGGUAUCACCGUCGUGGUCUCCGAGUUCUUGCUUCUCUACUCAAUCUGCACGUAUGACUCAGACUUUACGCUAAACUGUGUUUGUAGACUAGUGUCUAGGAUGUUGGAGCCGCUAGGACCAAAGGCCCGCAACCAAUACCUCGUCGCUGUUUCUCUGUUUACGUUUAAUUUUGGUCUCUUUAUAGUUGAUCGUAUCCUUCUGGUUGCCAUUUGCUGUACCCUUUCACGGUGUCACCGUGGAAGGUCCCAAAGAGUUAAUGCCUUCACUCGCACUUCUACCCAAGACGUCCACUUCCAGUACAACGGAUUUCUAUUCGGCGUGCUAUUUCUGUCCAUCCUCAAGGUCUUUCAGGGAAGCUUCUUGUGGGGCGGAUUCUGGUUUGCGGUCCUGUUAAACCUCAAACACACUUUCCUCUACCUCGCACCGGUCUACUUUCUCAUUAUCCUCCUCCAUUACUGCCUGACCAAAGACAAUCAACCACCUAGAUUCCUAUUCCGUCGUUUGUUUGUCAUGUCCGUGGUUGUGUGCGGUGUAUUCACUGCCUCCUUGGGACCGUUUCUGUACUGGGGCAAACUUCCAGAUUUGCUUGCGAGACUAUUUCCAUUCCAACGCGGUCUCUGUCACUCCUACUGGGCACCCAACUUUUGGGCGCUGUACAACGCCAUCGACAAGGCGAUCAGUUCUUCGGGUUCGUUCCUUCUAAGUAUGACUAGUUCUGUUUUUGCCCAAGUUCGUACGGAUUUUUUCCGGAAAAUUGAUUUCACAUGUAAAAAAUGGAGAAUAGCCAACUUAAUCUUGGAAAUAUUGUCCAUCGUUUUCUGUGGCCUUGCGUUGUCUUCCAGGUAA